UUAGCCCCUUCCUCGCUAUCAUAUCCCACGAGCUAUCUUUCUCUGUCUCCGUCUAGAGAGAGAGAGAGCUCUUCCUCUUGCCGGCCAUUCAUAUCGAUCGAAGUAUUCCCAUUUUUGCUCCGUGUGGAUAAUCCAGAAACAAAAAGGGAACAUAUGCAUAGAGUGAUGGUGGUUAGAACAUUGAGGAGGCAUUAUGGCUAGCAAACGAAUUCAAAAGGAACUUCUGGAUUUGCAAAAAGAUCCUCCAACUUCGUGCAGUGCUGGACCUGUUGGGGAGGAUCUAUUCCAUUGGCAGGCGACGAUAAUGGGUCCUGCUGACAGCCCUUUUUCGGGAGGGGUCUUCUUUAUUAAAAUUCAUUUCCCUCCUGACUAUCCAUUCAAGCCUCCCAAGGUCAACUUCCAGACCAAGGUUUAUCACCCAAACAUCAACUCCAAUGGCAGCAUCUGCCUUGACAUCCUGAAGGAACAGUGGAGCCCAGCCCUGACCAUAUCAAAGGUUCUCUUAUCUAUCUGCUCUCUCCUCACAGAUCCCAACCCUGAUGACCCUCUUGUCCCUGAGAUUGCCCACAUCUACAAGACACAAAGGUCCCGCUAUGAGGAGACGGCCAGAGCAUGGACCCAGAAGUAUGCCAUGGGCUGACAUCUUCCAAUCUGGAAACAAAAUUGCGAGGUAAAAGAACAUCAUGUUGUGAGAACCAAGACAGUCUAGCCUUUUAUCUUACGAUGCUUGAGAUGGCUUUGCCAGAUGAUAAGAAGUUUGGCAUUGCAUGCUUGUUUCUGUAUACCACUGUGGAAUUGGAUCACUGUGACCUAUAUGAAUUUUGUGUUGGUUUUGUUCUAUACUAAGUACACCUGACAUGUGGUGCAGGUAUUUCUUGGCGUCAAAAGCGUUAAGUAUGUCUUUGAACUAGCUAUUUUCAUGACUCAACUCGAGUCUUCUUGGUAUUUCUUUUGUUUUA